GGAGAAAGAAAGGAGGGUUAGGAGGGAAGUCUCUGGGAAAGAGGUUGGAACACCCUCUCCAUCUCUCUCUCUCUCUCUCUCUCUCUCUCUCUCUCUCUCGCUCUUUCCUUUUGUCCUUUCUGUACUCUAAUUCCCCAAAUCCAUGGUGGCUUAGACACGCUAAAAAUUCCAUUUCUCAACGUCUUCUUCUUCCUAAACCCUUUUCUUAUUUCCCUUAAAUCACCCCCUCCCAUUUCACGCCUUUCUGGGUAUUGGGUAUUUUUUUAUUAUUAUUUUUUUUUGAAAAUUUUUUUGCUCUCAUACAAAUAGCUUCUCUGUCUCUGUCUCUGUCUCUCUCUCUCUCACCAAAAAAAAAAAAAAUCGAACUUUCUCUCGGAUAUUGAUACCCUUUUGGAUUUCUUUCCGGGAUAACCAAAUUUUCCCGGCAAAACUGCGUGGGGAGCUUCGGAAUUCAAAUUGGCUCGGGUAGAAUUUUGGAUCUUGGGUUACGAUCGCGUUUUUCGUGUUUACCGUUUGGAGAGGGAAAAAAAAAAGUUUCUGAUUGUUUGACCAGUAUUUUCCUCAACUCCGAUCGAAGUUUUUCUGCGAUUUUUUUUUUUGUUUUAUUCAUGGGUAAUUGUUGUGCAAUCCCAGAAUCACAUGGAAAGAAAGAUAAAAAAACGAAACAAAACCCAUUUGCCAUAGAAUUCAAUGCCAACCACCACCAAGGAAAUGGUGGAAGCAAGUUCCACGUGUUGAAGGACCCGACUGGCCGUGAAAUCGAGCUCAGCUACGAACUGGGUCGGGAGCUCGGAAGGGGAGAGUUCGGAAUUACCUACCUUUGCACCGAUAAAGGAACUGGGGAUAAGUUCGCUUGCAAAUCGAUAUCGAAGAAGAAGCUUAGAACCGCUGUGGAUAUUGAUGAUGUGAGGAGGGAGGUCGAGAUCAUGAAGCACAUGCCUAAGCACCCCAACAUAGUGAGCUUGAAAGACACGUAUGAGGACGAGAAUGCGGUCCAUCUGGUUAUGGAGCUCUGCGAGGGCGGAGAAUUGUUUGAUCGGAUCGUCGCCAGAGGCCAUUACACAGAGCGUGCCGCUGCUGCUGUCACCAAGACCAUCGUGGAAGUUGUUCAGGUAUGUCACAAAAAUGGUGUGAUGCAUCGGGAUCUCAAACCCGAGAACUUUCUGUUUGGAAACAAGAAGGAAACAGCACCUUUGAAGGCAAUUGAUUUUGGUUUAUCUGUCUUCUUUAAACCUGGUGAAAGAUUCACUGAGAUUGUUGGAAGCCCUUAUUACAUGGCUCCUGAGGUGCUAAAAAGGAAUUAUGGCCCAGAAGUAGAUGUAUGGAGUGCUGGAGUAAUUCUAUACAUCUUACUUUGUGGUGUUCCUCCUUUUUGGGCAGAAACUGAACAGGGAGUUGCACAAGCAAUUAUAAGGUCUGUUGUGGAUUUUAAAAGGGAUCCUUGGCCUAAAGUUUCUGAUAAUGCAAAAGAUCUUGUGAAAAAGAUGCUUGAUCCUGAUCCAAAGCGCCGUCUUACAGCUCAGGAAGUGCUAGAUCAUCCUUGGUUACAAAAUGCAAAGAAAGCUCCAAAUGUUUCUUUGGGUGAAACUGUAAAAGCAAGGCUCAAGCAGUUCUCUGUAAUGAACAAGCUCAAGAAAAAAGCAUUGAAGGUUAUAGCUGAACAUUUGUCAGUGGAGGAAGUUGCUGGCAUAAAGGAAGGAUUUAAGCUAAUGGAUACUAAUAACAAUGGAAAGAUUAACCUUGAAGAGUUGAGAAUUGGGUUGCAUAAACUUGGCCAUCAAAUUCCUGAGUCAGAUGCUCGAAUUCUAAUGGAAGCUGGUGAUGUGGAUAAGGAUGGACAUCUAGACUACGGAGAAUUUGUGGCAAUUUCCAUGCACUUAAGAAAGAUGGGCAAUGAUGAUGAACACCUCCAUAAAGCCUUUGAAUUCUUGGAUCAAAACAAGACUGGGUAUAUAGAAAUUGAAGAGCUACGACAUGCCUUGGCUGAUGAAAUUUAUGACAACGGUGAAGAAGUCAUCAAUGCCAUCAUGCAUGAUGUGGACACAGACAAGGAUGGACGCAUAAGUUACGAGGAAUUUUCUGCUAUGAUGAAGGCCGGGACGGAUUGGAGAAAAGCAUCAAGGCAGUACUCGCGAGAGCGGUUCAACAGUCUGAGUGAGAAGUUGAUGCAGGAUGGAUCUUUGCAGUUGAACAAUCAAUAAGAUUUUAGAUUUAUUACUGAAAGAAUGACACAAGAAGCUUACUCGUGGCAAGAUGCACAUUGAGGAAAAGAAUCUUUGAUUUUUUUUUUUUUUUUUUUUUUUCUCCCCGGUUGAUGUUGUUGUCGUGUUUUUUUUUUUUUUUGUUUUUUGUAAUUCUUUUUCUUGUUCCAUCCUGUUCUAAUUUGCUCACUGUCAAUUUUUUUUUUAAAACUUCUUUAGAACGUGUUGUCUUAUUUUUGGUCCCUCAGAUGGGUCAGGUUAAGUAGGAUAAGGGCCCCAUGAGGUUAAUUUGAUAAUAUGAUUUGGGUGUUGGGAAGUGUUUCAAUUUGUUUGGUGUGAGGGGUGUUUGGAAAGGAGGGAGGAAUGCGUUGUAAAAGAAAGAAGGGAAAUUGCUUAUAUGUGGUUGUAAAUAUGUUUUAAAAAAACAAAAAAUUGGCAUAUAAAUGUUCUACAAAACUCAAAUCUUUCUUGCA